AAAAGGACUUUUCGUCGAUCUUUGAAGUCCUUUUUUUUUUUUCCCUAUUUCUUCUUUUUCUUUUUCAAUUUCGAUUACACAAAAUCAUAAAACAUAGAAAAAAAUGGCUUCUUGGUUUUCUCAACUUACAAGUACCGUUGGUAAUAUUACUGGUUUUACUGAAGAAUCCACCGUCAAAACACCAGCUCAAACAGCUAAAGAUGGACAAUACUUUAGCGAAUUAAUGCCUACGGAUUAUGAAUGGACGUUGGCAUCUGGUUCAGCUACUGAAAACCAAAUCUUUUACAUGACAACCAAGACAGGCGGAUUUGUUUUUGUUCAGCUUAUCUAUUCUGGCAUUGGUUUUUUGAAGCCUACUGUUUCCUUUACAUGUCGUUUUUAUAAUCCUCAAUCCAACGAUAACAAGUUUAAGAAUAUCAACCAGUCAUCCGAUUUCAAACUUUCAGAAGACCGUCGUUCUGUCAAGACUGAAUUCUUUAAUAUUACGUUAGAUCCUACACUUUCUAGCUUCAAGAUCUCUAUCACCCAUCCCGAAUUGAUUGUCGAUUUGGACUUUGCUCGUGUGGAUAAAGGCUUUAAAGUAGGCGAAGGAAAGACCUAUUUGGGUGGUGAUGACCAGAAGUCUGCUGCGGGUAUUGUGUCGCACAAGUUUUGGCCUCGUUGUAAUGCAAAGGGUACAGUGAUCAUCGAUAAGGAACUACAUGACAUUGAUGCCUAUGGUAUGUUUAUCCAUGCCAUUCAAGGAAUGCAACCUCAAUUGAUUGCUUCAAAGUGGAACUUUAUCAACUUUCAAUCAGAAAAGGCCGCUCUGUCAAUGAUGCAAUUCUUGACGACCAAGCAAUACGGCUCUGUGGAAGUGAACCAAGGAUCCAUUGUAGUGAACGAUAAGUUGAUCAGUGUGUCUGUAGAAAAUAAUGUGGAAUUGAUGAACUUGGUCAAGGAUGACGAUACAGAAUAUGAUAUUCCACAAGACGUAAAGUUGACUUGGAAGGGUAAAACCAUCAAGGAACAUGAAGAGGACGAGGUGAAGGAUGUGUCAGUCGUCAUGAUUGUACCUGUCAAGAAUUUGAUCGAUAAGAUUGAUAUUUUAUCUGAGAUUCCUUGGUUCUUAAAGAAGCUCGUGCAGACAUUUGUCGUAAAGCCGUAUAUUUACCAAUGGCUUGAUGAGGCAACAGCUGAAAUCACUAUUGGCGAUGAAAAAAUCGAAUGUCCUGGCAAGUGCUAUCAAGAACUUGUUUUCGUAUCUGCUUUCUAAUUUACUUUUUUUUGUUUGUUGUUUGUUGACCGUUUAUGCAAUUACCCUAUUUUUUUACUUAUUUCUCAUUACUCGUUAAUCUCUCUACAAACCGCUUUAUAGUAUAGUAUUAUUAGACAACUCGUCCUUCUGUAUUCUUUCCGUCUUGCCCCCUCUCCCAUGUAACCAAUGUUUUUAUAUUGAAUAAACGUAAUCACCGUCC